AUGGAUUCGGACGCCAUUUUGACCUUUCCGUUUCGCAAGGCAUCAUGGAUUAAACGGGUCGCUGAGACUCAUGGGAUAUUCAAUAUGGCGGAAGACACGUUGAGACGGUCCUGUGAAAAUGGGGAGAAUUCCUACCUAUUUGAUUUGGCUGGAAACAAUGUUAAAUGGAAAACGAUAUCUCUGACUCACGUUGAAUAUCCGGAAGGUAAUCCUGGCUCAGUUAUUACUAUUCUUGGCUUUUAAAUUCGUUCUAAUGCUGAGACCCCCUUUUCUCCACGCGAAUUUUAAUCGUGAUAUUAUUGAAAACACUCAAAGCGUACAGCUCUGUUUGUUCUCUCUAAUUAUGAACUCAUCCCUGCUUGCUGUUACUACAGUCGUCCAAAUAUCGUUUUUUUUCUAUGUUGUUCGAUACAGGAGACUUUGUUGGAAAGGUUUUAGCUUGGUGUAGUUUACUACCAAUUUUUAUCUUGGUUGGUUUCAUAACGUUGAUAAUCUUCAGACGCGAAUUACACACGGUAAGAUAGUCAAUUUCCUGGUCGAUAAAAAUUACAGUUUACAUUUUAUGUAGUAAAUAUGCAGAUUUUUGCUCUUUGCGAGUGUUCUUUCAGUGAUUGCCCUGACAAGCUUGACAACCACUCCCACUUUUAAUAUCUGGUUAGGUAUCCCUAGCUUGUAAUUAACAUUAACUGUUGUACGAGCCUGUGUAUGAUGCGAAUAAUUAUGCAGAUCAACGAGGAUGUUAUCAGAUAACAGUCCCCGAAUAAUAAUUAUACCGACAACGAACAAACAAACAAGUAAUAAUAAUGCAUUUAUAGUGUACAGUUUCCAUAAAAAUAUUCAAAUGCGCAUUGCAGUCAUCAGUGAACAAUGUACGAUCUAAAAUUAAAUGAAUAAAAGUAAUAGUUUAAAUUUGAAAAUUUUCAAUAAAGCAUUACAAUGAUAGAAUGUUACAAAAUAAAAUACAAAAUUACAAGACAUAUACUUAGCUAUGAUCAGGAUAAAAAUGCUAAACAAAAUAAUUUAAGAACAUCAACAGACUUGGCCAUCUGACAUUGAAUAGUCAAGCUUUCCAGAGUCUUUUAAUGGCACAAUUGGAGGACAUAUCACCAAUUGUCGCUUUGGAUAUAAAACUAGGAUAAUUAUAACUGUAUCAUGAUGGACAGCUAAGAGAAAUAAGAAAUGACAAAUGAAAGAGAGUUAAACCAUAAGGAAUUUAAAAAGUAAUUAAAAGAAUUUUAAACUCAGUUUUAAAUCUAACUGGUAACCAACAUGACUUUGUAAAUAAGCUGUGUUAUGUGACAAAUUAUAUAUUGGCAAUUGCACGUUUAACCUCUAUAAGUUUAAACAUAGUCCCUUUUUUUUGGUGUUUAGUGCUUCUCAUUUUCAUUUACAGACUGUUAUGUGUGGCAUUUAUACACAAAAGAAUGUUUUAUUCAACUGUAUUUUUAAUGAUAGUAUGGUGUGCUUUGUUGCAGAUGACAUUCCUUCUUGGAAUUUUAGUAAAUGAAGUUGUAAAUUUGAUCAUAAAACACACUCUGGCAUAUCCUAGGCUCUGUGGAGAUCACGUGUUUCCAAAUUCCUCUUAUGCAAUGCCCUCAGAUCAUUCUCAGUUUAUGGCCUUCUUUGCAGUUUACUCUAUCCUGUUUAUCUAUAUAAGGUAAGCUUUUGAGUUAAGUAGUAGACCUUUAUAAUAUACUGACCUUAUGUAUACAUGCAAUAUUACAUGUACUGUACAGUGUAUGAGAUAGUCUACUGCUGACAAUUGGCUUUUAAAAACUUGCUCACAGAAGACUUUUCUUUGUGGGCCAGUUUAACUACAGACAAAUUUUGCAUAAAGCAGUUGUUCUAAAUAACAUAAAUUGGUGUAUUUACAAUAGACAGCAAUGUAUAUUCUUGAUGUACUGACAACACUUACACUUACACUUACAAGACCCAUCACUGAUUGUUAACUGAAGCAAAAGAGCCCAGCUCAAUCACAAAAAAUGCCUGCUUAAAGGCUUGCAGAGAGUUGUUUCAUGCAAAUUUAUGGGUUCAGGCUUCCUGCUUUGUUAUGGUCUGCCUUCUUACCUUAAUUCAGCCCGUCUUUUCUGACCAAUCCGCAGACAAAUGUAGUCACAGUGAGAGUUGUGACAGUUGAGAGUUUGAUGUUGGAUCUGAGACAACAAGAAUUAAAAAGUUGACAGCUACAGCUGUAUGUUCAACAGUAGAGUAAAAAAUACUUAUUAGCGUGCCCUCAGACAAUGUCCAUCUCAUGAGGUACUUCUUUCUGUAGACUAGUCCAUUUUACUCAGUCAACCACCGUCUGGGAUGAUUUAAUAGAAAAUCUAUGGCGUCACUUGCUAGCAGUUGGUGUUGUGUUAGCUGCUGUUGCUGUAGGUUUCAGUAGGUGAGUGCAGACUGUUUAAUGUUGAAAAGAAAAGUAAUAAAAUGGAAUCAGAAAUAAAUAACAGUUGAACUUCCUCAAUAUGGACACCAAAGGAACAGAGCCAAUUGUUUGCAUGACAGAGGUACAAACUAUAUGGAAUUCAGUAUCCUUAGGAACACUGGUUUUUACAGUUAUGUUUUCUUUAUGACAAACUCUACUCAUUAUUUUGUGUCAAAAUAUUUAGGGGAAAAAGUGUGACUUAUACUGUAUAGAACAGGAUUUGACUCAGAAAACCCUUAAGUGAAGAAUUCCACCGCUGCAUAUCAAAGUGACUGCAAUAAAAUAAUAUUGAUAUCAUGACUGUAGUGUUUGCCUCAGUGGAAGAUCACAGCUUAAUUCUUACAGGUACCUUCCUGAACCUGAGCACAUAAUUAUUAUUCCCUCCUUUUGCAGAAUAUACCUUAGAUACCACACACUACAUCAAGUGUGUUAUGGAUUUCUCCUUGGCUCUGCAAUUGGUGUUGCCUGGUUCAUGUUCACUCAAACAGUUUUCACACCACUCUUUCCAACCAUAACAACAUGGUAAGUAGAUAAUGGUGAUUAAAGACUAAUGUUCUGAUUUUUUAAUGUACUGGGGUGAAGCUUAACCCUUGUACGUCACACAGUUCUCAUACUGUCUCAGAUAAACAAAAGUUUAUAUGUCAUUAUGAUGUUACAAACAAAUUGGGCAAAUUAAAUUACUCAUAUCAUUUCUCUUUGUUUUCACCAAACAAUUUAAUUAAUACUGUAUUCUCUCUUGUAAGUCACUCCAACAAUAAAUAUUAUUUUUCUGUUCUGUUUCAGCAUUUGACAUAUGUGUUGUUUAAUCUUGUGGCUUUCUUUUAUUUGUGAUAAUAACUAUUUAGCUGUUGAAAUCACUAUCCCUCCCAAAUACAACAAUGACAAAAUACUCUGAAACCGUUACCCUUAAAGUCCUCAGUAUAAUGAAUGAUAUUCUUUGCUCCAUAAAUGGUAAAAUAUGAAGAAAAGUACCUUGAUAUGAAGAACAUAGUAAUAAUAUUAUUUUGCCACUCCUUGCAAGCAGUCUCUUAUUUUUCUUUACAAAAUUGCUGGGAACAUUCUGGCAGGGAUGAGAAUACAAGGGAAUUAAAAAAGGGUGGACUAUAAGCAGUUUGCCAUCCCCUCGAUCCAUGGUCCUGAUUAUUAAGGUGAUUCCCUAGUAAAAGAACCUAACAUAGAUUGUAGAUGAAACUUGGUACACUGAUGUAACAAGUCAAGAAAAUGAUAAAAAGGUAAUAAAAAGUGGGGGUCACCGUGCUUGUUUUGACGUCACAAUGCUGACAAUUACGGCUAUUUUGGACCCUUUAACAAAAUCCACGCGCAGCCUAAAACUAGACAAAAAGGAAAGAUAUUUUCAAUGAUGCAUCCACUAUCAAGGAAGUCGAACUCACACGCUUACUGCUUACAUUAUGUACAUUCCCACCUCAUUGAGUCUCACCUCGGCAAGAAACAACCGUAAGACAAAAUUACAAUAGCGUUUCUCUUUGGUCAACUUCAUUUUAAUGAUGUUACUUCACAUGCUCUUUUUUACGGAGGCCAUCUUGUUAUGCGCAGUAAGAGAUGCGCAGUGCAAAACCAGGGAAUCACCUUAAGGUUUCACUCUAGCUCUUUGUUUCCACAGGCCUCUAUGUGAAUAUCUAAUGGUCCGUGACUCGACUCUUAUUCCAUCAGUGAUGUGGUUUGAAUACACUCAAUCAAGAACUGAAAUGAAGUAAGUAAAACUUUUAUCAUGAUUAAUUUCAGUGGUCUUUGACCCUUUCACGCCAAGAGUGAAUGAUAGAGUCUUGCAAAGGGGGCUCUAACUUUUAAGUCUGUGAAUGAAAUCCUAUGGUGUGACCACUCAAAUAACACCUCUUCAGCAGUACUUUCAGAUGCUGCACUACUAUAUAUUUAGUAUAAUAGUUCUAACUUUUGAGUCUGUGGAUGAAAUGCUACAGUGUUACCAUUCAAAUGAAACCUUUCCAGCAGUACUUUCAGAUGCUGUGCUACUAUUUGUUUAGUAUAAUAGUUCUAACUUUUGAGUCUGUGGAUGAAAUGUUACAGUGUUACCAUUCAAAUGAAACCUUUUCAGCAGUACUUUCAGAUGCUGCACUACUAUUUAUUUAGUAUAAUAGUUCUAACUUUUGAGUCUGUGGAUGAAAUGCUUCAGUGUUACCAUUCAAAUGAAACCAUUUCAGCAGUAAUUUCAGAUGGUGCCAUUUAUUUAGUACAGAGUAUGUAGUUCUAACUUUGAGUCUGUGGGCAAAACUCUAUUGUGUAGCCAUUCAAACGAAACCUCUUCAGCAGUACUUUCAGAUGCUGCACUAUAUGUAGUGUAAUAGUUCUAACUUUUGAGUGUGUGGAUGAAACUCUAUGGUGUUGCCAUUCAAAUGAAACCUCUUCAUCAGUACUUUCAGCUGCUACUAUUUAUUUAGUAUGUAGUUUUAACUUUUAAUUUUAAGCAGUACUUCCGCAUGGUACUAUUUGUUUAGUAUAUAUUCAUUUACAUGUGAUGUAGUCAUGUAGUUUUAACUUUAAAGUCUGGGUGAAAUUGGUAUGAUGUGACCAUUCAAACAAAAUAUCUUUGGCAGUACUUUCUUUGUUUUUCAAAAUUAAAUUUUGAAUUUUUGUCUUAUUUUGAAUUUGGCCACAUCUUGAACUGAAAGUGUUUUUUUUUUUUCUUAUUUUUUUAGGAAGCGGCAAAGGCGAGGCUCUCAUAAUAGUUAUUGCAAAUCACAUUCCUCGUGAUAAGGAGCAAGAUGUCGAUGAGGAGCAGCAGUUCUGAACCUCUGUCCUUCAGAAGCGUGUGGAAGAGAAAACUCUGGCUCAGUCUGAGUGAAAGGUGCCGAAAAAGAGAGUCAAAUUCCCCAUGACUUGACUCCUUCAUUUCACUCUGUGAAUUAAUCAAUAUUAUACAUUGGUUUCAAUGUUCCUUUUGCCUUUCGUCUAUCGGUUAGUCUUCGAGAUCAUGAUGGCUUUAGCAUUGUUUUGAAAUCUUGUAUCAAGAUUGGCCAUUAAUAUUACAAGGUGACAUGUACCGUUGAACACAUUCUAAGCACAAGGGUAUCAUUGGGUGAUGUCUAGAUUGAGGACUUACCCAACGGAAGACUUAUAAAACUUGGUAACUUGAGCAUUUGACUUAUGCCUCUUGUAGCUGACGCAGUGUAUGUAUUGAUAUUUUUUAUCUGUUCAAAAAUCAAAUAAUGUGUAUGUGGGGAUUGUAUAUCUGGUAUCUGGGAGAAAAUUCAGUUGCCCCAACCUUACACAUAUUACUAUAGCAGUGAACAAAAUGAACCUAUAAAACAAAUAGAUGUAUUGAGUCAUUAAGUCGUUUAUUUACUUUAUAUCUUAGUUUUAGGGCGCGUUCCUUUGGCCUUAUUUCAGGAUAAGAAUGAAUGGGGUGGAACCUAGGAAAGUAUAGCUCUUUCUCUCCAUAAGCAGCGGUCAUGUUAGUUUUGUCAACUGGUACAAAAAACGUCUUUCGUGAUAAUUUAAGAUAAAUGGAAAAUUUGAAGCGCGAUAGUGAACGAGAAAGACGGUAUGAUCGCCUGAACUUGGGACAAAGAAAGAUCUUGAGUCCUAGAAUGUGAAACUAUGACCUCCCAAUUAUCGGGCUUUUGGGUGAGAGAAGCGACGACCGGAAAUACGUCUUCGUUCGCAGGCUACCACAUGAGGGCGACUGCUUUACCCGCUGAGCUGCGGAGAGACUUAUGGAUAGCACACCCAUUUACAAGGUUAACGGGAGUGGUGUGGGGUAUUCCCAAUCAACCCCCUCCCCCCACUCAAAUAAAGAAUAGAAAAGGGGUUCGUUUUGACCUUCGUGCGACUUUAUCCUGG